AUGCUGCAAGAUAUGAUAUUGGGGGAUGACGAUUCAUUUCACGCCGAAACCGAGAAACGAUUUGCUCGUCCCAAUUUCCACGUGGUUGUUGGACAUUACAACGGAAAUUUGCCACAGGAGAAAAAGAAAAAUUUAACAAAAGAGCAAUUGAAUACGAAUGAGUAUUCUCCGAUUGAAGGAUGGGGUGAAGGCGGACGCGCGGUUCAUUUAUCACCUGAGCAGCACAAACUAUCGGAAGAAACGUUUGCAGUAAAUCAAUUCAAUUUGUACAUUUCCGACCGAAUUUCUAUGAAUCGAUCAUUACCCGAUAUUCGUAAGCCGGCGUGCCGAAACAUUACAUAUCCUGCGAAUCUUCCCAACACUUCUGUCAUUAUUGUAUACCACAAUGAGGCAUAUUCGACUCUUCUUCGAACUGUGUGGAGUGUUAUAAAUCGAUCGCCUUCUCGAUAUCUCGCCGAAAUUAUAUUAGUUGACGAUUUUUCAGACCGCGACUUUCUGAAAUAUCCCACAUUCGACAAUUCACUUAAAGAAUUGCCUAUUGAUGUAAAAAUUUUACGAGCUAAAGAGCGCGUCGGAUUAAUUCGCGCGAGAAUGAUGGGAGCACAGGAAGCCACCGGCGAGGUGCUGACGUUUUUGGAUUCGCAUUGUGAAUGCACCAGUGGAUGGCUGGAGCCACUACUUUCAAGAAUAAAAGAGAACAGAAAGGUGGUACCCUGCCCUAUAAUUGAUAUCAUAAGCGACAGAACGUUCCAAUAUCAGAAAGGCAUCGAAUUAUUCCGUGGUGGAUUCAAUUGGAACCUGCAAUUCCGUUGGUAUUCGAUGCCUUCGAACAUGGCGAAGCAACAUCUCGUCACACCAACUGCACCAAUUGAAUCGCCAACAAUGGCUGGUGGUUUAUUCUCGAUUGAGCGGAAAUAUUUCGAAGAGCUCGGUGAAUACGAUUCAGGAAUGGAUAUUUGGGGAGGAGAGAACAUCGAAAUGUCGUUUCGAAUUUGGCAGUGUGGCGGACGAGUCGAAAUUUUGCCGUGUUCACAUGUCGGACACAUCUUUCGAAAAUCGUCUCCACAUGAUUUCCCAGGAAAAUCAUCAGGCAAUGUCCUGAAUUCGAAUUUGCUUCGAGUUGCUGAAGUUUGGAUGGAUGAAUGGAAAUACUUGUUCUACAAGAUUGCUCCCCAAGCUCAUCGAAUGAGAAGUUUUGCCGAUGUUUCUGAACGUGUCGAAUUACGGAAAAAACUCAACUGCAAACCAUUCCGCUGGUAUCUUCAGGACGUUUUCAAAGAUCAUUUCUUGCCGACACCAAAGGAUCGUUUCGGACGAAUGUUCGCCGAGAACAAUUCAACGGUGUGCCUCGCGUGGGCGAUGCGCCGAUCGGGCAUCCGAACAGCGUCGAUAACCGCGUGUUUGCAGAUUUUUAUCGAUUCUGCGCAAUAUUGCAUCGCGUUCCGACCGGGCGAUACCGGCCCAAAAAACCAGCGAUUACUUGGUUCGUCGUGCACAAUGGGAUUCGAUUUGUGGCAGUUAUGGUUAUACACUGGCGAUCGGCGAAUUCGAACUGACGAGCAUCUGUGUUUAUCCGCAAUAACAUCGGUGCACAAACAUUCUGAGCAUGUAAUUCAAUUAAAAGAAUGCGCUGGAUUCGAUAACGAAUACUGGGAUUAUAAGCCGCAGCUUCACGACGCUAGUGGGAACCUUGCCUACACCGUUCAAGUGAGGGCGAUCAGCAUCGUAUCCUACUGCAAUCAGGAGACGGUGUUCUACAGCCGCGAUUAUACGCUCGCAUCUGAAUCGAGUCAUCGCUGUGCCCACGCAGGGUCAUGUUCCGCAAACAAGUGCCAGACGACCAAAGUUGAUGACGAUUUGCCGGAAUUGAGCAACGAGGCGAAGGCGGCCCCCGGUUUCACACGAUGUCAGGAGGCCUGUGGAAAUCCUGCCUGUGGCUGUUUCUUCUGCUCUCCAGGAUGCAUUUUUCAUCGAGUCUACGCACGACCGACAUCGACUACAAGCUACGAGGUCUUUCGGUGCCCAACCUGGUCUACCGCUAUCGACGCAGAAGUGCAAAUUAAUGAGGGAAAAACAUGGCGGGUCGAACUUCGUGAUGGACUCCCGCUGAAGAUCCCGCAGACCAAUCUUACCAUAACGGGGACUGGCUUCUCGAUACCACCAAUCCCUCUCCACGGAGCAGCUUUCAUUCGAUCACAUCCGGCUCAUCACGACGAAACGCCAGCAUUUGCCUUCACGCAGACAGCUCAAGAUCAAUGCCACUGCCGAAGCACAGGUACUCAAAUGAGAUGCACGUGUGGUUUCUUCUCGAUGAAAGCAAUAGUGAAUAACCGCCAAUUGCCAGUCAAUACACACGGAUUCCGAUUCGAGACACAAGGAAACCGCGUACAAUCAAGGAUGACUAGUUCCAGUGUCGUAACGUUGCACCUCACCGCUGAUCGUUUCCGAGCUGUACAAGACAAUGCCAUUUGCAAAGCUACCUUCCUCAAUAUAACCGGAUGCCUCCCGGGAGCAAAGUUGGCAGUCCGUUGCACGGCAUCCCGUACGGUCAAUGCCGUUCUUCGAUGUCCCAAUGACUGGCUCGGUUAUCUGCGAUGCUCCGCAGAGGGCACCGUCAAGCAGCUCGAGUUUCACAGCGAUUUUCCAAACGUCACACUGAACUGCUCUCUCCAAUGUGGUUCCACCACAACGUUCAUCGGUUCUGUUUUAGUGUGA